AUAAAGCUUCCAGGCAGAAGUGAAAGCACACAGUCCAUUCUACAGCACUGAGAGAAGAUGUUGUACAUUCUCAUCCUUGGAUGUUUGCAGUUUUCAGCCUCAGCCUCCCUAAUUCAUGGAUAUGGUAAUACAAUAGCUGAGUAUGGUGGGGAGGCACAUUACAGCUGCUCAGUGGGCAACCCAACAGCGGGUGUGCUGCAGGUCACAUGGCAGAGGCUUUUCAAAGAUGGGCCAAUAGAGAACCUGGCAACCUUCAGCAAGCGGUUUGGUCAACAAGUCAACGCGCCUUACCUUGGAAAAGUCACAUUAACAGAAGCGUCCCUGAACUCAACCUCCAUCAGUCUGAGCAACGUCUCGUGGCAGGACGAGAGCUGCUACAUCUGCUCUUUUAACGCGUAUCCCGAUGGCUCCAAACAACAGCAGACUUGUCUCAGCGUGCAAGGAAUAUCCUCGGUGGACACGGCGUAUGUUCCCAGAGCUGCACGCGGAGGAGACGGCAUGGAGGUGGAGUUCAGCUGCUCUGCCACAGGGAAACCAGUACCGACCAUUGACUGGGAUGUUUCACCCGGUGCUACCCGUCUGUACCAAUCCAAGACUACGACAGAACCUAACGGUGACCACACGUUCACCAGCAGCGACAACAUCACGCUGCAAGUACCUGCAGGCUGGAGUGGACACGUGGACUGUCUGCUGAACAGGGGAGCGAGAGGACAGAGGCGGGAGACGAUCCCCUUCUCUGUAGGUCCUCAGCAUCCGAAGAAGGAGGAUGAGAAGAGACGGCCUCACCUGUUGCUCUCAGUUAUAAUCCCUACUCUUUGUAUUAUUACCUCCAUCGCUGCUGCUGUUAUUGUUGUCGUCACAAAGAGAAAACGCUUGAUGCAAAUAAUAAACCAUCAUUCAAAGAGAAAGGAGCCUGACACAGAUGUGGACUUUGGGAUUUCUUGCAUUUAACUCAUAGAGACGUCAACUCAGCAAACCAAUAGUUGACUACCUGUUGAAUUUUCAAUUCUUUUUUUCACUUCAGAUUUCAGCACUUUAUUCACUUUAUUCAGGGCGCAUGAGGUAGAAAGUUUGUUGAGGAUGUGUAGGAUGUAAAAAUAAAAGAGAAAGGACUGAUGUUAGGAGAAGGAGCCUGAGAAUGUGAAUCCUGAGACGAAAGCUAGAUUGCUCUUCAUCUCAUCUUUACUGCCUUUUGCCUGUUGCCCCGCAAAGUCCAUUGUAACGCCCCUGAGCAGAGUUUAAGCCUCAAUUAAAAACACAUGUAUUUAACUUCAGUGCAAUAUCAAUUUUACCUCAUGCUAAUCUAACCUCGUCAACCUACUGAUAGAAGUCAAGUGAGAACUAACAAAUGUCCUGAAUCAAUCUACAUCUGUAUGAAUAUUUAGGAUUUGAAUCAGACAUAAUAUUUAAUAAACCAUAUUUUUGUUCUGCAUAUUUAUUUUGAUUGGAAAAUGUAUUUAACUUGUGAUAUUGCAGAUAUCAGCGUUAUUUUUUACUUAAAUAUCUAGAAGGCACAUUUACUGUAUGGUUGUGUGUGUGUGUGUGUGUGUGUGUGCGCGCGCAUCUAUGUUCUGACAUGAUCUCAAUCAUUGUAUCGUAAACAUAUGUUGUGCUUUGUGUGCUAAUUCUAGUUUAUAAUUGUUUCAUUUCUUUUCCAAUUAUGCCCAUCAUUGUCAAUUAAAAUAUUCUGCUUUAA